AUGUCCAUUUCGAUGGGUAGAGAGGGCUAUGACGAUUGGCGGCGGCAUCGCCAGGAUAAGGCCGAGAAUAACCGGACCGCUUUGGUAGCGAGGUUGAAUUUGAAUUAUGACGGCCGAGACGACGCGCUCAGUGAUACGCCGGUCGUGUAUGAAGAGGUCGCUUGGAAGGAUAUUCGAGUGGGCGACAUUAUCAAGCUCGGGUCAAACGACUGGGUGCCGGCAGAUAUUAUUUUGCUACACAGUGAAAAUAACGGCAUGGCGUAUAUCGAGACAAUGGCUUUGGACGGAGAGACUAAUCUUAAAACUCGUGAACCGCUGCCACGACUGCAGGAGAUUUGUGGCGAUGACAAGAAACUGGCGACGUUGAAUGCGUUUGUUAAGACAGAAGAUCCAAACCUCGAUUUAUACAAUUUUGAGGCGGCGAUUAAUAUAGAAGCUAGGGAUUAUCCUCUGUCGUCGAGUCAUAUCGUUUAUAGAGGCAGUAUUCUCAGAAACACGUCGUCUGCUCUUGGUUUAGCGGUUUUCACUGGUGAGGAGUCCAAGAUUCGAAUGAAUGCUAUUCAGAACCCACGAUCCAAGUCUCCUAGAUUACAGAAAAAAGUCAACAAUAUCGUUAUUUGCAUGGUUAUUUUUGUGCUCGCUUUAUCGGUGUUUUGUACUGUCGCUUGCAAGGUGUAUUAUAAUACUAGCGGGUACAGAAUGUGGUAUCUGACAGGACUAGAAGUGGGCGUGGUGCCUAAUUUGAUGGGUUUUAUUAUCAUGUUCAACACGCUGAUUCCCUUGUCGUUGUAUGUCUCUAUGGAGAUUAUCAAGGUGGUGCAAAUGGUGCUGCUUCAGAAAGAUAUAGACAUGUAUGAUGCAGUGUCUGACACCCCCUGUGAAGCUCGUACUGCAUCCAUUAAUGAAGAGCUGGGUCAAGUCAGCUAUAUUUUCUCGGACAAAACUGGUACUUUGACGGACAACGUCAUGAUUUUCCGUAAAUUGUCAAUUGCCGGUGUUGCCUGGUUGCAUGAUAUUGAUAUUCAGAUGGAAGCUAUUGAAGCAGAAGAAGCAGCAGCAGCUGCUGCUGCUGCCUCGGCCGCUGCUACUGCUGCUGAAUUGGAAUCUAGUCAUGCUGGCAAGAAAAAGAGUCUGUUGUUUAAGCGGGCUGAUAGAAGACGUGCUGGUGCUGGUGCUGUUGUGGAGAUAAGUGGUGAUAGAAAUGAUUUCAGGGAUACCAGUGAUAAUGGCAAGAGUGCUCAUAAGCAUUCCGAGCGAGUUAGUGAGGUUGUAUUUAGUCCCGCUGCUCCUGCUGCUCAAAAACGCAGCCGGUCUGCUCUUCGGAAAUCUGAAGGCAGAGGAACGGUUGUGGUAUCACAAGGAUCAAGUGCUGGUCCUUCGGGUACUGCUGGUCCUAGUAGUCAGACCAGGACUUCGAUUAGUUAUACUCCUCGUCCCAGCACAGAUAGCAUUCUUCGUCAAGUAGCAGCAUUGCCAAGGAAAAGUACCAGUGGGGUUUCACGUAAAAGCUCAACUUAUAUGAAACGUCCUAGUGGUGUCAGUGCCAAAACGUCUAUUGACUACCAUCGAAAGUCAAGUGGUCUGCCUCGUAAGAGUAUGGCCAGUCUUGGUCGAGUUACUUCGGUCAAUACAUGGAAAUCCACUGCCAAUCCGACGAAAGUACAGGAUAUCAAGUCAACUUUAGAGCUCAUUGAGUACUUGAUUUUGCAUCCCAACUCGAUAUACGCGCGAAAGGCAAGAUUUUUCCUGCUGUCUAUUGCUCUGUGUCACUCGUGUCUGCCUGAAUCAGACCAACACGAGUCUGCCGAUGGCGAAGUUGAAAUUGAAAGCCUUGAUUAUAGUGCUGCCUCGCCAGAUGAACUGGCUCUUGUAGCUGCUGCUAGAGAUAUGGGUUACUUGCUCAUUGAUAGGCAGCACAAUAAGAUGACGAUUCGUACGUAUCCCAAUGGAUUCGAUGAGGGUCCAGUCGACGAGGUGUACGAAAUUUUGGAGAUUAUUGAGUUUUCCAGUGCUCGAAAGAGAAUGUCUAUUGUAGUCAGAUUCCCCGAUGGACGUAUUUGUGUGUUCUGUAAAGGUGCUGAUAAUGUGAUUUUAGAACGACUUCGUCAAUCUUCACUGGCAUUAGAAAAGGCUCAAGAGAUCCAACAACAGUCGUCGCUUCGAAAAGCCGCUGAAGCUGAGGUCGUCAUUGCUAGAAACAGUUUGUCAAGUCUUAAUCGGACGUCUAUUACGGGCACAGGUAGACUCAGUUUCAGUAGACCCAGUUUCGGUAUUGACCGAAAAGAUGCUCUGGCAUCUCUUGAUAAUCAUCUCAAUAGGUCACAUCAGGAUCAUGACAUUGAACAAAUUGCUGAGUCAUCUCGACGAUCCAUGAGUUUGGCUAGACAGCGUAAAUACGGCGAGUCUACUGUUCCAACUGCCACUGGUAGCAGCAAUAGACGCGGUCGUGUCUCAUUUGACGGGGCACGUCGUUCCAGAGAUCUCAUUAGAAAGUCUUCUUUCCAUGCUGGCGAUGCUGAUAACAGUGGUGUCUACGGGGAAAGUGGCGAUGACGGUGACGAUUCUAUCGAUAACAUUGGCAAAAUCCAGGCACCAAUUGACGACCAUCUGGUGUUGAACGACAACUAUGUCAUGGAAAAGACUCUUGAACAUAUUGAAGAGUUCUCCACUGAAGGUUUACGUACUCUGUUGUACUCGUAUCGUUGGAUGCCAAAGGAAGAAUAUGACAAUUGGAAGAAGCUGUACCAAGACGCUCGUACCAGUCUCGUUAAUCGACAAGAAAAAGUCGAGAAAGUGGGUGAAGCCAUUGAACAUGACUUUGAAUUGUGUGGAGCAACUGCCAUUGAAGAUAAACUUCAAGAUGGUGUUCCCGAGGCCAUUGAUAAACUGCGUCGUGCUAAUAUCAAACUAUGGAUGUUGACUGGUGACAAGCGUGAGACUGCCAUUAACAUUGGCUACUCGUGUCGGCUUAUCAAGGACUACUCUACAGUGGUUAUUCUCCGGUCAGAUGAAGGUGAUGUAGCUGGUAAAAUGGCUGCAGCCAUGAUAGAGCUUGAUAAUAAUCGCGUGGCACACUGCGUGGUCGUUGUCGAUGGUAUCACACUUUCCCAUAUUGAACAUGACAUGACACUUAUGUCUCUGUUUAUCGAUUUAGGAGUCAAAGCUGAUUCAGUCAUCUGUUGUCGUGCCUCUCCUUCACAGAAAGCUUCUAUGGUCAAGGCUGUGCGCAAGAAGGUCAAGUCGUCGAUUACAUUAGCCAUUGGUGAUGGUGCCAACGAUAUUGCUAUGAUUCAAAGUGCUGAUGUAGGUAUUGGUAUCACUGGUAAAGAGGGUCUACAAGCGGCUCGUUCGUCUGAUUAUUCUAUUGCCCAGUUCCGAUACCUUCUUAAGCUAUUGCUAGUCCAUGGACGAUGGAACUAUGUCAGAACUUGCAAGUAUAUCUUGGGUACCUUUUACAAGGAAUUUCUGUUCUACCUCACACAGGCAAUCUUCCAAGGAAACACCAUGUUCACAGGAACCUCAUUGUACGAGAACUGGUCUCUGUCCAUGUUCAACACUUUAUUCACAAGUUUGCCAGUACUUUGUAUUGGUAUUUUUGAGAAGGAUUUGGAGCCUGCUACUUUGAUUGCUGUACCUGAGCUAUAUGCCAAGGGGCAGCAGAAUCAAGCGUUUGGACUGCUGAUAUUCCUUGGAUGGAUGGUUAUUGCUGCUUCACAGAGCGUCAUGGUAUCGUUCUUGACCUACUACUUGUAUGGGUUCCAUGCCAUUGUUGAUAACACGCUGUAUCCAUUGGGCGUGAUUUCGUUUACCAGUAUCAUUAUUCUGAUCUGUACCAAGCUUCAGCUGCUGGAGAUGCACUAUAUUACCGUGAUUAAUGUCGGUACCAUGGUUCUCUCUAUUGGCGGAUGGAUGUGCUGGAACAUGUUUUUGUCUUACAUUUACAGCAAGAAGCCGUCGAAGAUUUAUUUCGUGGCUCACGCUCUUUUUGAAGAGUUUGGAACAGACUUGUCAUUCUGGACGACAAUUUUGGUUAUUUUUGGUGUUGGCCUAACCUUCGAAGUAGUGGUUCGUCUUGCUAGAUCCAAGGUGUUACAGAAUGAGACAGAUGUUUUCCAAGAGCUCGAGAAGAAUGCCGAUGUGCGUAACCGACUUGAAGAGGAAGCUUUCGAAGAGCUUCACUAUAGUCUCAGCACGAAACGUAGUCAAUUGGAUGCUGAAGCCCGUGUCAGCGGUCUUUCCUCCGGCAACAUUCGCCUGCCUCCAAGACAAUCUGGUUCUUCGAUCAUCGCCCAUCCACAAAACUUCUAUGACGACUACUCCGAUGAAGACGUAUCACGACCAUUGCCAAGAUCUGGAACCAGACAGAAACUCAAGAAAAUGGUUAAAUUCGGCCGCAAGACGAGCGGCGAGUAUGAGCGGGAAAUCCAGGAGAUUCUCAAACGACGUCAACAAGAGCUCGAUAUGGAGUACUAG